AUGGCCUUCCUCUUCUACACAAUCAGCUUCGCCAUGAUCAUAAUAGCGACCGCCCUCUAUAUCACGCGAAACACCUGGAAACCCUACGCCCCUCCGAUCCCCUACAUCACCGCCCCCGGCACAAUCCCCGAACCACUCUACGACAUCUCCGAGAGGAUCCAGAACUACAUUGAUUCGUGGAGGUACUCCCGUGUACCGACUAACUUUCAGGAAGACGCUGAGGCAGGACUCCAUUCCUCGAACUUCAACCUCGCCGAGAACAUCGAAGCAGGCGAUAGUAGGCAGGGCUUGGAUGAGGCAGCCAAGAGAGAGAUUUAUGUCAUCAUGAAGAGACGGGGUGUGGUGUUUGAUGAGGCGAGGAGAAUGUGGAUAGAGGAGAGGUUUAGGAGGGAGGGCAUCGGGGCUGAUGGGAGGCCGUUGGAUCGGAAAGCGGUUGUGUUCAGUUGA